AUGUCGAUGGUGCUUGCCGCUUUCGCGCGGCUACGCUUGCGAGACCGGGAGAUGAUGCUGCGGGUUGCUGAAGCCACCCCAGCCAUUCUGGGACAAUUUUCAGCAACUGACAUCACGCAUUUCCUCGCAGCAUUUUCCCGACUGGACGUGGAGCACAGGCUUGUCUUCAACCUCUUUGCAAGGGAGAUUGCGAGGCCUCAAGGCCCCAAGGCGCUAGAGUGCUUAGACAUUGGCAUCCUGAUACGGCAGACAGGCGCAAAUGCACAUGUCUACGCCUACGCUCGUCUGAACUUCCAUCAUGACCUGCUUCUGGACGUCCUCAAGAAGAGGAUCGUUGAAGUCGUCAAGGCAAUGAAGCCAUGGCACCUGGCAAUGGUGGCAAAUGGGUUUGCAAGAUUGGGCGCCAGUGACGAACGAUUUUUCACAAUCUUGGCUGCAGAGAUUGCGCGGAAGAUUUCUCAUUUCGAAAGCAAGCCGCUUGCGCUUGUCGCGAAUGCGUACGCCAAACUCGGCUUCCUCCUGGAGCUGUUGGGGGACGAAGCUUUUCGCCGGCGAGGCGAACUGGAGCCCCAAGCCGUUGCUCUCGUCCUGAAUGCGCAUGCGCGCCUCCAGAUGUUAUAUCCUCGUGCCCUGGCCACGCUGCUUUAUUCCUUCUCAGAAGUUGAGAUUCGGCAUGGCAUGCUGUUUUUCAAUGCGCCGGAACAUGUGGAGAAGUUCCUGGAGAGUUACACUACAGACGAGCUUUGCAUGGUUGGCCGUGCAUAUGGUCGGUUCCAAAUGGCUCACACCCGCUUGUUCGAAAGCAUCUCAUCUGCCCUACCUGCACGAGCGCUCGUCGGGGAGGCAGGGUGUUUUGGCGAGCUUGGGGCUUGGGGAGUUUAA